UUCAUUCACUGUUUGCUGUUCAUCAUAGAUGGAACAGACAAUAAAAACUCUAAAACUACAGACUGAGCCUUCGGAUCACCCCUGACUACAUUUGCCACUGUGAUGUCGGGAUGGUUGUAUCGGAUCACUCGAGGAUGUCGGGACAGGAGCACCUUUCAUUCACACGGAUCACAGGAUGUGUGUAUGAGUUGAGAUAGAGCUCAAGCCAGUGAUGGAGGCAGGACUGAACUGCAGCUCUCACUGUGAGUCUGGCGUCUGCUUCAUCUACCCCGGAGUGAACAUCCAGCAGGGCUGGGACGUCCUACAGAGACUGUGUGCGCUCGCAGUGAGGGGUGUGGAUGCACAGAGUCGAUCGCUGUCUCCUGCUCUUCGUGCUGUAGUCUGGACGCUGCUCUCUUGUGGGAUUCUGCUGGCGCUCUUCUUCCUCAUUUUCACUCUGCGCUUCAAAAACAACAGGAUAGUGAAGAUGUCCAGUCCCAAUCUGAAUGUGUUGACUCUGUGUGGCAGUGUACUCACAUACAGCAGCGGCUUCUUAUUCGCCGUGGAGGAGAGAGCACCGCUGUCAGGAACAGGAUCAAGAGCUGUCUUGCAGGCGCGGAUGUGGACACUGUGUAUCGGCAGCUCUCUGGUGUUUGGCCCCAUUCUUGGGAAAACAUGGCGGCUUUACAGAGUGUUCACUCAGCGUGUGCCCGACAAGAGAGUGAUCAUUAGAGACAUCCAGCUGAUGGGUUUGGUUGCUCUGCUGGUCCUAGUGGAUGUUGUUGUUCUAGCAGCAUGGGGUCUGACGGAUCCGAUCAAGUGCUCUCGCUCUAUAAGUGCUAUGGUGAAGGUUGUAGAAAGGGACGCGUCCUACUCUCUGUCCCAGUUGGACUCCUGUUCUUCUCUCUACUCUGACCUGUGGGUAAUCCUGCUCUCUGUGCUUAAGGGCAGUCUCCUCCUGUACGGCACGUAUCUUGCCGGCCUGACAAGCAAUGUGAGCUUACCUCCAGUAAACCAGUCUAUGACCAUCAUAGGUGCUGUCUGCCUGGUCACCAUGUCGAGCGCUGUGGCCGUACCUGUCUCUCUUUACCUGUACGCCUGGCCCAAUGUGGUCUACAGUGUAGUGUCUGGAGCCAUCUUCAUCUGCACAAUGGCCAUUAACUGUCUACUGUUUGUCCCUCAACUGACCCAGUGGAGACAGUUUGAAGAGGAGACAAACUCUCACCCCAGUCAAAUGGCCAAAUACUUCAGUAGUCCCAGCAAGACCACACACUCCAUGUACAGUGAGGAUGAGAUCUAUUAUCUACUUGGAGAAAAUGACUCCAUGAAAAGACUCAUCAAUGAGAAGAAUGCCGUUAUUGAUAGCCUACAGGAACAAGUGAACAAUGCCAAGGACAAGCUGCUCAAACUGAUGACUGCUAGCCACCCCUUGGAUGAAGGAGAAAUGGACUCCUCCAACACGAACCUCAACUCCACCUCCACCCAAACCACAGUGGUAUCUCCUGAUUCUCCAAUGCUCCAAUGCUAAUCAGAAGUUGCUCCCACCAGAGUUCUCUCUCCACCUCCCUAUGUACCUCCUCCACCACUUCACACUCACACACUCACACAGCAAACAUCCCCUGAAGGUCCAGUAGCUACAGAAUUUCCUCUGUCUUCACCAUCACACCUGAGGUAUCCAUCUCCUCAAGAUAACUCUUCCAAUGAGGUCUCUCAGGUUGUGAGUCUGAAUGAAAGCACAGAAGAUGCCGUUCCAACCAUGAACAAUCUCAGAAACUCAGGUCUUGGAAAAGAGAUUUCGGAGAAGCCACUAGAUGUGCCUUCGGAUCGAACCAAUUUAGCCCAGGGUUCCUCUCCACUAGGUCCCGCUCUAUGUAGUUCUCCUCAGGUAGAGUCUCCAGUGCCAUUGGCCUCUGUUGAGCUUCCCGCCAUGUCACCAACAGGACGACUGGGUUUUGUAACCAAUGAGCAGCUGGUGGAGAUCUUGCAGGACCUGAGCGUGGAUGCCGUAAGCAGCUCUGUCAAAUCACCCGACCGGGCGCGAAGCCUGUCCCUCAAUCCGGAUGAACUGAACACGGCUCUUUCUCCUCGAUCUCCUCUACAGUUCUUCUUCCCCACCAUCUCACCCUAUCUCAUGCGUAAACGCAGACCUCCUUUUUACUCCUCAAGAGUUGGACCUCCCCCUUACUAUUUUCCAGGCUCGGUUCCUCCAGGGCGCAGGAGGGCAUCAGCACUAAUAGACCAUGAAAAGUUGAGGGACGAUGGCUCUCAAAGACCUGACUUGUGGCAUGAGGGAAGGAGGAGGAGAAAGGAUGAAAAGGCACAGGCACGACGUGGCUUGGGACAGGAGAGUUGGGAAUGUUCUUCUCACAAAUGCUCCAUAACGCCUUUCACGGGACAGGUAUCUCAGCCUGCCUCUGCUGGACUGAUAGAGGGGGUUAAACACUCAGAGGAGCUAUAUGACUACUCAGACUCAGACUCCAGCAGCUCAGAGGACUAUUACUACCAUCGGCCCUACUGCGGGGCCUGUCAUCACCCCUACGACUCCACAGACAGCCUCACCUCAGGGAUCUCUGACAGCGAGGAUGAGGACUUCUACCACUCAGCACAUCCUGUUGUGAACUUUAAAGUGGACGUUAAACCAACCUUUGUCUGAACAGACUGCACAUCCACAAGUUGUAUUUGAUAUGAUGCUCUAUUUGUUUUGU